UGUUGCCGUGGAGUCAGGGAGACGCUCAAGGCCUCCUCCGCCGUGGAGGCCGCGGGGCCCGGGCCGUCAUGUCGUUGCUGGACGUGCUCUGGGAGGACCGCGAGGUCCGCUUCGACUUAUACUCGCAACAAAUGAAAACAAGACCUGGAGAAGUCCUCAUUGAUUGUUUAGAUUCUAUUGAAGAUACCAAAGGAAAUAACGGGGAUAGAGGUAGACUCUUAGUAACAAAUUUAAGAAUUAUCUGGCAUUCUUUGGCAUUAAUUCGAGUCAAUCUUUCUAUCGGUUACAACUGCAUAUUGAAUAUUACAAUAAGGACUGCUAACUCUAAAUUACGAGGCCAAACUGAAGCUCUUUAUAUACUAACAAAAUGUAACACUACUCGCUUUGAAUUUAUAUUUACAAAUUUGGUUCCUGGAAGUCCUAGACUUUUUACUUCUGUGAUUGCAGUACGCAGGGCAUAUGAAACUUCUAAGAUGUAUCGUGAUUUCAAAUUGAGAAGUGCAUUAAUUCAAAACAAGCAACUAAAGUUGUUACCACAGGAGCAUGUUUAUGAUAAAAUCAAUGGUGUAUGGAAUUUAUCCAGUGAUCAGGGAAAUUUAGGAACAUUUUUUAUCACCAAUGUGAGAAUUGUGUGGCAUGCAAAUAUGAAUGACAGUUUUAAUGUCAGCAUCCCAUAUUUGCAAAUUCGUUCAAUAAAGAUUAGAGAUUCAAAAUUUGGCUUAGCUCUUGUCAUUGAAAGUUCUAAGCAGAGUGGAGGAUAUGUUCUUGGCUUUAAAAUAGAUCCCGUGGAAAAACUACAGGAAUCAGUUAAGGAAAUCAAUUCACUUCACAAAGUCUAUUCUGCCAGUCCCAUAUUUGGAGUGAAUUAUGAAAUGGAAGAAAAGCCACAGCCCCUUGAAGCUCUGACAGUGGAACAAAUUCAAGAUGAUGUAGAAAUAGACUCUGAUGGUCACACAGAUGCAUUUGUGGCUUAUUUUGCCGAUGGUAAUAAGGUUGCUCACAAAAUGGAUUCCCAGCGGGAACUUGCAGAGGAACUACGGCUUUAUCAAUCCACCCUUCUUCAGGAUGGUCUAAAAGAUCUCCUGGAUGAGAAAAAAUUCAUCGAUUGCACCGUCAAAGCAGGUGACAAAAGUCUUCCUUGCCACAGAUUGAUUUUGUCAGCUUGUAGUCCUUACUUCCGUGAGUACUUUUUAUCUGAAAUUGAGGAGGAGAAAAAAAAGGAGAUAGUACUAGAUAAUGUGGAUCCGGCUAUUCUUGAUUUAAUCAUCAAAUACCUGUACUCUGCUAGUAUUGAUCUCAAUGAUGAAAACGUGCAAGAUAUUUUUGCGUUGGCCAGCCGAUUUCAGAUCCCCUCAGUGUUCACUGUCUGUGUGUCCUAUCUCCAGAAAAGACUUGCUCCUGGUAACUGUCUAGCCAUCCUGAGAUUAGGACUUCUUCUAGACUGCCCAAGACUCGCCAUUUCUGCCCGGGAAUUUGUGUCUGAUCGCUUUGUGCAGAUUUGUAAGGAAGAGGACUUUAUGCAACUGUCUCCACAGGAACUGAUCUCUGUCAUUUCGAAUGACAGUCUAAAUGUAGAAAAGGAAGAAGUGGUAUUUGAGGCAGUGAUGAAAUGGGUAAGAACAGACAAAGAAAACAGGGCUAAAAAUCUUAGCGAAGUAUUUGAUUGCAUCCGUUUUCGUCUUAUGGCAGAAAAGUAUUUCAAAGAUCAUGUUGAGAAAGAUGACAUAAUUAAAAGCAACCCUGAACUCCAGAAAAAAAUCAAAGUUCUAAAAGAUGCUUUCACAGGUAAACUCCCAGAACCUAGCAAAAAUGCAGAGAAGACUGAGACUGGUGAGGUGAAUGGGGAUAUUGGUGAUGAAGACUUACUUCCUGGUUACCUGAAUGACAUUCCCAGGCAUGGAAUGUUUGUCAAAGACCUCAUACUCUUGGUUAACGACACAGCUGCAGUGGCUUAUGAUCCCACAGAAAAUGAAUGCUACCUUACUGCACUGGCUGAGCAGAUCCCCAGAAAUCAUUCCAGCAUUGUUACCCAACAAAAUCAGGUGUAUGUGGUAGGAGGACUAUAUGUAGAUGAAGAAAAUAAGGAUCAACCUCUACAGUCAUACUUUUUCCAGCUUGACAACAUAUCAUCUGAGUGGGUUGGGCUUCCGCCUCUCCCAUCAGCCAGGUGUCUCUUCGGUCUGGGAGAAGUAGAUGACAAAAUCUAUGUAGUUGCAGGCAAAGAUCUUCAAACAGAGGCUUCGCUGGAUUCAGUAUUGUGUUAUGAUCCUGUAGCUGCAAAAUGGAAUGAAGUAAAACAUCUUCCUAUCAAAGUUUACGGCCAUAAUGUUAUUUCACAUAAUGGCAUGAUAUAUUGUCUUGGUGGAAAGACAGAUGACAAAAAAUGUACAAAUAGGAUGUUCAUCUACAACCCAAAAAAAGGAGACUGGAAAGAUCUGGCUCCAAUGAAGACCCCUCGUUCCAUGUUUGGUGUGGCUGUCCACAAAGGCAAAAUUGUAAUUGCAGGAGGUGUCACUGAAGAUGGCCUUUCAGCUUCAGUUGAAGCUUUUGACCUCAAAAGCAAUAAGUGGGAAGUAAUGACUGAAUUUCCUCAAGAAAGAAGCUCCAUCAGUUUGGUCAGCCUGGCUGGAUCCCUGUAUGCCAUUGGUGGUUUUGCUAUGAUUCAACUGGAAAAUAAAGAGUUUGCACCCACUGAAGUCAAUGACAUUUGGAAGUAUGAAGAUGAUAAAAAAGAAUGGGCUGGGAUGUUGAAGGAAAUUCGUUAUGCUUCAGGAGCUAGUUGCCUGGCAACACGUUUAAAUCUCUUCAAACUGUCUAAACUAUAAAUAAGAUGACAAAAUACAAUAGCUUGAGGGGUGUUUUGUUUUGUUUUUUUGAUAAUGGAGUUUUAAGUUUUUAAAAACCUGUAUAGAGAUUCAUGUAGAAAUUCUUCCAUGCUAUUAUCUAAGAGCUGUAGAGAGAAUCAAUAUGUUUACCACUGGCUCUUCAAUAUAACUGAGUUUAGAACCUUUUUUUUUAAGAAAGUUAAUGUUUAUUUGAACAAAUUAUGUUAAUCCAUCUCACUCAAAAUGUAAAGGAGUUUCCUCAAUUUGAAUUAUUAAUCCUUUGUAUUGUUAAGGCACUUUUACAACUUUUCUAUUAUAAAUGAAAUGCUUAGAUCUGCAUUUUUAAAAGUGUCUCACAUAUCAAAAACCUUUCCUCAUGCUUCAAGCUACAGGAACCCUGUGCAUUAAUGAUAUGCCAUGAGAUGGUUUGGAAAUAAUAUUUAAGAAAUGUAACAAAUGAAUCUCAUGUGAAGGAGAAAGUCUCAAGUAAAAGUAGUCAAACCCAAGUGGCCUUUCUUUUUUCUCUGCUCUCUUCUUGCAACGCCAACAUAUUGUGAUUUCCAAAGCAAACAUUUUAAACUUUUUUUUUAAGCCAGUAAACUGUAGUCCUCAGGCUUUUGGUACAGAUUCUGUGGUAGGGCUGAGGAACACCAUGAUGAAAUACGUGAUCCUUUAAGUUUCUUGGAAAAGGGUAUAAACAUUUAAAUUUCUGCUAUCCUUUUACAAAUAGGUAGAAAACAGACUACCUAUUUGCAGAUUUCUGAUAACAAGAAACCAGGUAUGGUGGCCAAGUGCUUGUAUUUCCAGCUGCUCAAGAGGCUGAGGCAGGAGGCCUGCUUGAAGGCAUGUAUUCAAGACCACUGUGGGCAACACUAUCUCACCUUUGCCAACCUAACAUAAAAAAUUUGAAAAGUGACUAUGAUUCCAUUUUCUGGGAUGUAAGGUUCUUCAGUCAUUGUUUCUUCUUAGUGUAUGUAUGUUGACUCCUUUGUCCGUAAUCAUCAAACUCAACUCUACAUAAGUCAUAAGCUAAUCAUCACAUUAUCCUAACCACACAUCCAUGUAAGGGUCACAUGUAGCUCUCA